AACAACCUGGUUUAACGCCGUUAACGUAAUUAAGACGCAACCGUAAACUUGCUGCCAAGAUUUACUUGAACAGUUAGCUUAGCCACAUGAGACCAAACGUUUCACCGAACCGCAUUCCGAAAUUUUGUAAUUUAAAGUUACCUUAGUCGUUUGGGAAUCUACGUAUCUGUCACCACCUGGUUUAUACUUGUAUCUAAAUUAGCUGAAGCCGCUCUUCAACUCGGCUUUGACAGAAGUCGCAGAGAAGGACCCAGUUUAAAAAUAACCACUUUUUAUUAUUAUUUCAAGCAGUUUAUAUGGCUAAAAUGUUCAAAUAUUGACUAAAAGUUUAGACAGACUGGUGCGACAACAUGCGAAAAUGGAGUGAGAAUGGCAAGCCUGUGGAGAUCCUACCAAGUGUUGAUGACCAAACGCCCCUGGACAGUGCAGUUAGUGACUGCUGGGUCUCUGGUGGGUGUCGGCGAUGUCAUCUCCCAGCAGGUGUUUGAGAGAAGAGGAUUGGCUCAUCACAACGUGCAGCGCACGGCCAAGAUGAUGAGCAUUGGUUUCUUCUUUGUGGGUCCAGUAGUCGGCAGUUGGUACAAAGUUUUGGACCGGCUGGUGGUUGGAGGAACUAAAAGUGCUGCCAUGAAGAAAAUGCUGGUUGACCAGUUGUUUUUCGCUCCGUGUUUCCUGGGAUCCUUUCUUGGUAUCUCCGGUGCUCUGAACGGACUGACGGUGGAGGAGAACGUCACUAAGCUCAAGAGGGACUACACAGAUGCCCUGAUCUCGAAUUACUACCUAUGGCCCGCAGUCCAGAUCGCCAAUUUCUACUUCAUUCCUCUACACCACCGGUUGGCUGUUGUCCAGAUUGUUGCUGUUGCUUGGAACUCCUACCUGACCUGGAAGGCCAAUAAGAUGUGACCAAUGAUCACAAGUCCGGCCUGUGAUGAUGAUGAUGUUGAUGAUGAUAAUUUUACACUCAUUUGUAGUGUGUGUGUGUGUGUGUGUGUGUGUGUGUGUGACAUGGGCCGUUCUGGUCUAACAUACUUCUUCUGAUAUUUCCAAUGUGUAAAACUGUGACUGACUCAUUUAUAAAGGUCGGGAGAAAGUGCUCGUCUACUCUGAAUGACAAAUUCACACUUGAAAGUCGAACUUGCGUUUGCAUAAAUGUCUUUUGAAAGUUUGUUAUUUAUGGAAAUGAGAUUUGGCAGUGGUGCCGCAGUGUAGACACACAUACACACAGACAGACACACACACAUUACAUUAACACCAAAUAGUUGCAAAGGAAACUUUUCUAAUCCAUUCAAUGUAUUGUUAAUCACAUGGAAUAAUAGUGUUAAAGGAGAAUUAUAUUACAGGUUAAUAGAAUCAUGUUCUGUCUCAUAAAGAAGGAAGUGUUCCCCUCA